GGUUAUCCUCCAUUUUCGGGUGACACAUUGGGAGAGAUUUUGUCUGCUGUGUGUGCUGUGACUAUGAGUUUCCAGGAAGAGUAUGGUUCUGAAGUUUCGAAGGAAGCGAUGGACUUUAUCUCGAAUUUACUUGUACUUGAACCUUCACAUAGGUUAACUGCCGAAGAGGCUUUAGAAAGUCCAUGGCUUUGUGUUUGUCUUUUUUUGCUUUUUUUUCAUGUUGAUAUUUAA